GCAAAGAAAAGAACCCUUUCGGAUUGCAGAAUCCUAUUCCUAAUUGGAACAGAACUCCCAUUCAUGUGUCUAUAUAUAUAUAUAUAUACUUCUCCAGUCCUGUCCAGUUCCAGUUUUUUCUUUUCUUUAACAAAGUUGUCUCCUUGAUUUGAACAGCUGUUCCUUUGUCCUUCCCAGAAGGGAAUUUGAGUAAGAUGGAUCGCCCAUAUGAGUUGUUGGCCUCUCCAACGAUGAGUGAUGAAUCUAUGUUUAGCAAUCUUCCAGAGCAUAUCGUUCAUCACAUCCUUUCUUUUCUCGGAAUGGCAGACAUUGUUCGGCUGAGCUUCACAUCCAAAAGCUGCAGAGAAUCAUGUGUGUCUAUAUCAUCUUUAGAUUUUGAUGCCCUGCAAUAUCCUACAUUAAGAGGUUUUCAAGACCAACUUAUGAAUAUUUGCGAAAGGUUCCUGUCUUUGCGCAACGGGUGGAAGCUGUCUCGGCUUUGUGUACAUUCCCAGUUCAUUGAGAAUCGUACGGAAAGCUCUCGUGUUGUCACAAUGUUGCAUAUGGCGGUUGGGUGUGACGUUGAGUUUCUUGACCUGGAAUUCUCUCAAGAGGAAGAAUGGGAAAUGUUUAGUUUGCCAAUUUGCAUCUUUCAUUGUGGAUCCCUGAAGUCUCUUACAAUCAAUAUGCAUUGCCUCAACCUUAAAUUUCCCUCUGCAUUGAGGUUUAGCAAUCUCCAAUCCUUAUCUUUAAAAUCUAUCUGGCUUGUCGAUGAAUGCUUUGGAGAAUCAGUUUCAUGUUGCAAGUUCCUUAGGGAAUUAUGGCUUGAAAAUGUAUGUGGUGUAGAGAAUUUAACAAUAGAAAAUUCCAACCUGGAACGUUUUUCAAUAUUGUACUCUUACCACCCAGAGCUCUGUCAUCUUAAUAUCUCGGGUCAGAAGCUUAUCGAAAUAAAUGUUGAAUGGCGAUUUAAAUCUCCUCUUAGUAAGUCAGUGAAAAUUUCUGCUCCAAACCUCAGAUAUCUUAAAUGGGUUGGAUAUAUAACAGGUCACAAUUGUUUAGGGAGCUUGAUGCAUUUGGAACGUGUUGAACUCUUUCUACAAUGUAGAGAUCUUGAUACAACUCAGGAGUUACCUAAUAUUUUUCGAAGUGUUAUCAGCACCAAAGAUCUACAUCUACAUGAUCAUGGCAUUAUGAAUCUUCAUAAUUAUGAUCCCUUGCCAAUUUCAUCGGAAAAUGUACAAUGCUUGUCUCUAUCUAUUCAAAAAUUUGAGGAUUACUUAGUCCCAGCAAUGGCAUCCCUUCUUAGAAGAUUUCCUAAACUGAAAGCUCUAGACAUAAAAUAUUCUCUGCCCAUACGUACCACAACUAUGUCUGGGUUUGAUAAAGUAUAUUGGCAAUCUCAACAUUUGGAGUUUAUUCAUCAACUUGAGUCGGUAUCUAUAGAGCUUCUCGAUGGGGAGACUGAAUUGGAGCUAGCAAUAUAUAUUCUCGAGCAUGCUACAAAAUUAAAGAAGAUGGUCAUCUUUUACUCCCUUUCCUUGCCGUCUGGUUUUAUUUCACGAAUAGGUAAAGACAGGAUGAGUUCAUCUCCUGUAGUAGUUUUGAAGAAAAUAUAAAUAUGAAUAAAGAUUUAAGUGCAUUUUUUUCUUUUGAAAAAGCAGUCUUGUGGUGGCCAAACAUUGCCUAAGGUUACAUGAUGUUCAUAGUUCAUAGUCAUUGUGUCUAAACUUAGACCUCCAAUUAGAUCUUAAAAUGUAUAUGUUUUAGCCUAUA